AGCGUGUUUCCGGUAUAACGUGUGUGCAUUAGUGCUCAGCCCUUUUUCCUCUCGGAUUCCAGUAGAGCGGUCACUUCUGAGUCCCAGCUCCCCACCUGGUCACCCCCGUUAGCGGCGUAUCUAAAUUCGGCGGACAUGGCAUCUGUUUCGGCACAAACUCAGGCGGCUCCCGCUUCGUCUGUACCUCUGCAACGAGGGAUUGUCAAAAUGGUCUUAUCAGGCUGUGCCAUUAUUGUUCGGGGCCAGCCUCGAGGUGGACCGCCUCCAGAGCGCCAGAUCAACCUCAGCAACAUCCGGGCUGGGGCCAUGGCCCGUCGAGCCGCCCUGAGCCAGCCUGACACCAAGGACACCCCUGACGAGCCAUGGGCCUUUCAAGCCAGAGAGUUUCUGCGCAAGAAGCUUAUUGGCAAAGAGGUAUGCUUCACUGUUGAGAUCAAGACCGCGAUGGGCAGAGAAUACGGCAUGGUCUACCUGGGGAAGGACACAACAGGCGAGAACAUUGCAGAGUCGCUGGUGAAUGAGGGUCUUUCCACCGUCCGCAGGGAAGGAGUCAGAGGAAACAAUCCAGAGCAGGUCAGACUCUGUGAGUUGGAGGACCAGGCCAAGGCUUCCAAGAAGGGCAUGUGGAGCGAAGGCGGUGGCACACACACCGUCCGCGACAUCAAGUACACCAUUGAGAACCCCCGCAACUUUGUUGACUCCAUGCACCAGAAACCAGUCAAUGCCAUCAUCGAGCAUGUGCGUGACGGCAGCAUUGUGCGUGCCCUGCUCCUCCCCGACUAUUACCUGGUCACCGUCAUGCUGUCUGGAAUCAAGUGCCCGACAUUCAAACGGGAAGCGGACGGAACCGAAACCCCAGAGCCGUUUGCAGCUGAGGCCAAGUUCUUCACUGAGUCCCGCCUUCUGCAGAGAGAUGUCCAGAUCAUCCUGGAGAGCUGCCCCAACCAGAUCAUACUGGGUACUAUCCUGCAUCCGAAUGGUAACAUCACAGAGCUGCUGCUGAAGGAAGGCUUCGCCCGCUGUGUAGACUGGUCCAUGGCAGUCUACACACAAGGAGCCGAAAAACUCCGAGCUGCUGAACGUUCUGCUAAAGAACGUAAGGUCCGCAUCUGGAAAGACUACGUGGCGCCCACAGCCAACCUGGACCUGAAGGACAGACAGUUUGUAGCCAAGGUGAUGCAGGUGGUCAAUGCCGACGCGAUGGUGGUCAAGCUCAACUCAGGAGAGUACAAAACCAUCCACCUGUCCAGCAUCCGGCCCCCCAGGAUCGAAGGAGAGGAGAAGAACAAAGACAAGGACAAGCGUUUCCGUCCACUCUAUGACAUCCCCUACAUGUUUGAGGCCCGUGAGUUCAUGAGGAAGAAGCUGAUUGGGAAGAAGGUCAACGUAACAGUGGACUACAUCAGAGCAGCCACAGGCGCAGGAGAGGGCACCCCCGCCUUCUCAGAACGCACCUGUGCUACGGUCACAAUCGGUGGCAUUAACAUUGCGGAGGCUCUGGUCAGUAAAGGCCUGGCCACAGUCAUCAGAUACAGGCAAGAUGACGACCAGCGGUCUUCCCACUACGAUGAGCUGCUAGCUGCAGAAGCACGGGCCAUCAAGAACGGGAAAGGGCUGCACAGCAAGAAAGAAGUUCCCAUCCACAGGGUGGCUGAUAUCUCAGGGGAGACACAGAAGGCCAAGCAGUUCCUCCCUUUCCUCCAGAGAGCGGGCCGUUCAGAGGCGGUGGUCGAAUAUGUCUUCAGUGGCUCCCGUCUCAAACUCUACAUGCCCAAAGAGACCUGCCUCAUCACCUUCCUCCUUGCCGGUAUUGAGUGUCCACGCGGAUCCAGGAACAUGCCUGGGGGAAUGCAGGUGGCUGAACCAUUCAGCGACGAGGCCAUGCUGUUCACCAAAGAGCUGGUGCUGCAGAGAGAGGUGGAAGUUGAAGUGGAGAAUAUGGACAAAGCGGGAAACUUCAUUGGCUGGCUGCACAUCGAGGGUGUGAACCUGUCAGUGGCGCUGGUUGAGAACGCCUUGUCCAAAGUCCACUUCACCGCAGAGCGCAGCUCCUACUACAAAACCCUGGUAUCUGCUGAGGAUGCCUGCCGCCAGAGAAAAGAAAAGAUCUGGGCGAACUAUGAGGAGAAGCCGGUGGAAGAGGUGGUGCACCUGUCAGAGGAGAAAGAGCGCGUGGCCAACUACAGAGCAGUCUACGUCACCGAGAUCUCCGACAACCUGCACUUCUACACCCAGGAUGUCGAGACAGGAGCCCCGUUGGAGAGCCUAAUGGAGACAAUGCGGGCAGAGAUCGCCAGUCAGCCGCCUGUAGAGGGUUCCUACGCUGCCCGCCGAGGGGACUACUGUAUCGCCAAGUUUGCUGAUGGAGAGUGGUACAGAGCCAGAGUGGAAAAAAUAGAGUCUCCGGCCAAGGUUCAUGUCUUCUACAUCGACUAUGGCAAUAGAGAGGUGGUGUCGUCUACCCGCCUGGCCGCCAUUCCCCCUGCAUUCAGCACCAGGACCCUGCCAGCACAGGCUACCGAGUACACCUUUGCCUUCAUCCAGGUCCCCCAGGACGAUGACUCCCGUGCUGACGUGGUAGACAGCGUGGUGCGGGACAUCCAGAACAGCCAGUGUCUUCUGAACGUGGAGUACUCGGGCGUCACCUGCCCCCACGUCACGCUACAGUUCGCCGACACCAAGGAGGACGUGGGCCUGGGCCUGGUCAAAGAGGGCAUGGUCAUGGUGGACGUCCGCAAGGAGAAAUACCUGCAGAAGAUGGUGACAGAGUACCUGAACGGUCAAGAGUCUGCCAAGAGUGCCAGGCUCAACAUUUGGCGAUACGGAGACUUCCGCGCGGACGACGCCGACGAGUUCGGCUACAGCCGCUAAAGAGCACGACUACCCAACACCAUUCCAAAGCCCAACGCAGAAGACGAGAGAUGAAUUUUGAUGGAAUACAACAACAAACGGAUGACCUUAAACUAAACGACACGCAUUGACACUCUCUUCCUUUUUAUUCAACAUUUCAACCCCCUUGGCCCUGUCUUCUUCUCUGUUCAUACCUUCUUCUUUUUUUUUUGUUGCCUCCUACUAGCCCUUCUAACUCUAAAAAGAGCAUAGCAUGGUAGCGACAAUUUAACAAAAAACAAAACAAACAAAAAAAAACAAGAAAAAAAGCAUUUUCCAGCGCUACUGUGACUCUCCGUUCGCUCUUCAUGUUUCCCUGCGGGCCACUGCCAGCUCUUACCCAGCAGCCUACAAUAUUGCCAACCUAUGUUAACUGCCAUGUUACCUUUUCAGCACACUUCCUGCUUGACGGAUAUCACGGUGAUUCCUUUCAGCAAACCAUGCUCUUUACUUCCUGGUUCCCUCGGCCAGCUCCUGGUUUCCUCUGUACGGGGAGGCGGCCAGGGUUUUUUUGGGGCAGUAUGGUGGAAUUUUUUUUUUUUUUUUUGCAAACCUGAAAUGCUUCCCUAAUGAAUGACGUGUAAAUGCGAGGAAAUGUUGAAAAGUGUAAAUGGAGUUUAUAUUAGAGAAAUAGGUGAAGCCACACAGAAGAAAAAGAAAAAGACAAACGGUUGAAUUUAUUUUUGUCUUCAAUGUAUAUCUGUGUGAUACUGAUGUUUGCUGAUGUUUAUGUAGGGAGUGUUUUUGUGGUUUAUUCUCUAUAUCACUCUCUGUUUUAUGGCCAGAACUCAUGGACGCCUUGUUAUGUGGCAUUUAUCACCAUCUCUCUCUUUCUCUCUCUCUCUCUCUCUCUCUCUCUCUCUCUCUCUCUCUCUCUCUCUGUAAUGUUUACAUUCUAAUGGUUAUGAUCUCGUCUUUGGAAGUCUCUCUCUUCUUUCUCUGUCUCUGUAUGCCAUGGCAGAAACAGUGUUUAAAUUUGUUUCCUUAUAAUGGACCUUGUCAUUGUAUUAAAAUCUGCUGAAUAAAAACAAGCAAAUUUAAAAAAAAGAAGCGUGACUGCAAGGCCC